AUGACUGACAACUUGUUCAAACAACCACAACUUAUGAUGCCAUACUGCGAAUCAAAUCGUAAUUCAAAAUCCAAUACACCACCAGCACACCCAAAGAAACAGUCUGCAUUUGGUGACCACCACUCAAGCACCAGGGACUACUAUCAGCAGGGCUCUUCUCCUCAAAAUUUUUGCUACCUGUCCUUUUUACCGGUGUUCCCAAUUGCAAAUGGUGUCGUUACCAACAACGUCAAUUACAGUGGAAUAACCGCCAGAGAUAAAAUUCAUUCUCAACUCAAAAGCCCUUUACAACAGGUCUUAGAGGAAGAUGCGGAUGGAUAUGAAAGUGAAGGAAACAAAAAGCAGCACCAAUUUGCACAAGCAGCGGCAGCAGCAGCAGCAGCACCGGCACCACCAUUUCAGCAAUCGUAUUUACACGAGCCCCAAACCAACCAACCUGAGUAUCAAGCUAGUGUUCAAGCUCCAAGAUUUGAAUUAUUUGGAGGCAACAAUUACACAGGUAACGACGCCACAGCCGGCAACUACAACAACAACAACAACAGCAUUCCGAGAAAUUUACCAUGUGACGCUGAAUUGGAGUUUGCUAGAGCUAACGCCAGCCUUAAUACCAAUCCAUCAAUUUUGCGACAGUUGCAUGUAUUACCUACACCUACCGCAGCUGUUGAUGUUUACGAUUACUUGAAUCCUAGAAAGUCUGCAAAUAUGCAUUACAAGGAGAAGAUUAAUAGUUGGUUAUCUUCAGUGCCACUUGCUGUUGCGUAUGAUGAAAAUUUAACGCAAUUCAAUCUCAAUUGUUAUCCAGGUGUGGUGACCAUUUCAGAAACAGCCACCAACUCAGAGGUUGAGAUUGAUUUGGCAGACAUUGACGAUGUAUUGGAACUUCAAGCACAGAGAGUCACUCGUUAUGUGAAACGAUUAUACUUCAAUGAGGAAGAAAUACCAUUGUCCAUGGAAGAGUAUGGACAAGACUUGGAUGGCCAGUGUAUCGACGAGGUGGAAGAGCAAGAAUCACAAGAACAAGAGGAAGGAGAAGAUGUUGUAGCUGAACAGAAUCUUGGCGAGGGAGGCGGCAUGCUUGGAUUUGAGGAGCACACCUCAAAGCAGAAUCCAGAAUGUCCCCAGCGCAACCAGAGACAACCCCUCAAGAGCGUAAUAGUAACUAAACAAGGCAUUACCUUGAAGCGAUGA